ACCCGGCGUGUGCUUUCGUGGACUGUGGGGAAGCCACGUGCGUUGGUGAUACAGACUGGCCGGGGCCCCUAUGCGUGUGCAAGGACGGUCUUCUAUGGGCUCAGGACAAGACGUGUGUGGCGGAUCUGUGUGCCAACAUGGAUUGUGGCGAAGCUACCUGCACUAAAGAUCCUUUCGUUGCCGUUGCCGAGUGCGUGUGCAAGGAAGGCUUUAGAUUUGAAAAUGACAGCAAGACGUGUGUAGACAUGUGUGUCGGCGUGGAGUGUGGAUUAGAGGCGACCUGCGUCGUUGACGGUUCUGUCGUCGGGUGCGUUUGCAACAAGAAAGGUUAUUGGCUCCUCGAUGACAUGACGUGUGUUGCCCCCUUGGUGCGGACGUCGAUGAUAUUUCAAAAGGGCGAUGUCAAGAGGGACGUCUUCUUCAUAUUACCUCAGCGUCCAGAGCAGGCCAUUGGCACCAUCGCAUGCAGCUCGAUGAUAUCGAUGGGCGAAGGCGAUGCCAUCACCGUCGUGUGGAAUGCCUCCAAGCCCAUCUCGACUCAAUUUGACGCGCCUGGCAACACCAUGUGCAGAAGGUUGUUGUUUUACUCUGACAAUAACUGCACGGAGAAGGUGGCCUUCACAAUCGCACGUCCUGCGAAGAAGGGCGGUUUCUAUUCCGUCACGAAAAAGACUGUCAAGGUACUGUCACCUCAGCCGCUAUCAUUUGGAUGCGAGAUCACCAUGUGUGAGAAUGAUUGUGGAAGUGCACAGUGCGUUGUGAAGGAGGGCCAGCCACAGUGCCAGUGCCCCGAGGGCCUCGUGUUCAACGCUGCUAAGAAGCGCUGCCUCGACCCCUCUCUUGCUCCUCGUCGGGCUGGUGGGCAAGCGAAGAAAGGCCGUCCCUAG